GCACUCCAACGAAACUUGUCAAGCUACAUUGGGUGUGUUCUGCAAUGUUCUUGUACAACUUGUCGCUAAAUCCGCCGACAGCCAUCAACAAGGCUAUCUACGGAAACUUUUCUGGCACGAAGCAGCAAGAGAUCAUAGUAGCUCGCCAUACCCGUUUGGAACUUCUGCGUCCUGACCCCACUACGGGCAAAGUCCACACUGUUCUCGCUCACGACUGUUUUGGACUUGUAAGAAGCAUCUCACCAUUCAGGUUAACAGGUGGUAGUAAAGAUUAUGUUAUUGUCGGCUCCGAUUCCGGUCGCAUCACCAUUCUCGAGUACAAUCCAGUCAAAAACACGUUCGAUAAAGUUCAUCAGGAGACUUAUGGAAAAUCUGGACUUCGAAGAAUCGUUCCAGGCCAAUACCUUGCUACGGAUCCCAAAGGACGCGCAGUCAUGAUUGGUGCUGUUGAAAAGCAAAAGCUAGUGUACAUUCUUAAUCGCGAUUCGGCAGCCCGACUCACCAUCUCUUCGCCACUGGAAGCUCAUAAAAGUCACACUCUUAUCCACGAUUGCGUCGGUUUAGACGUUGGCUUUGACAACCCUAUCUUCGCCUGUUUGGAAAUCGACUAUUCCGAAGCGGACAACGACCCGACCGGCGAAGCUCUCAAAGAUACAGAAAAGAUUCUUACCUACUAUGAAUUGGAUUUGGGUCUGAAUCACGUUGUUAGAAAAUGGAGCGAGCCUGUGGAUUAUAAAGCGAACAUGCUCAUUCCAGUGCCCGGUGGAACGGAUGGACCUUCAGGUGUCUUGGUUUGUACAGAGAAUUUCAUUGCGUAUAAGCACCAGGAUAUGCAAGAACAUCGAAUCCCUAUUCCUCGACGAGCACAACCUUUGGAAGACCCUUCUCGCGGCAUCAUCAUCUCCAACUAUGCUGUCCAUAGAAUGAAGGUUAACAGACAAAGUCAGUUCUUCCUACUGCUCCAGUCAGAAGAAGGUGAUGUAUACAAGGUCACGAUAGAUCAUCAAGACAAUAUUGUGAAUGGUAUUACCAUCAAGUAUUUUGAUACCUUACCAGUUUCUACUGGUAUCUGUAUUUUGAAGAGUGGUUUCUUGUUCAGUGCUAGUGAAUUUGGUAACCAUUAUCUUUAUUCCUUUGAAAAGCUUGGCGAUGACGAAGAUGACCCAGAAAUUUCUUCUGCUGAUUACAUGGAAGCUGAGGCAGCACAGGAAGAGACUCCUCUUGUUUAUUUCAAACCACGACCACUGAAGAAUUUGCUUCUUGUUGAUGAGUUAGAGUCUCUUGCUCCUCUUGUCGACGCCAAAGUCUUAAACUUAACGGACGAUGAUACACCUCAAAUAUUCGGAAUUUGUGGCCGAGGAGCGCGAUCCACUUUCAGAAUCUUGCGUCACGGUUUGGAAGUAUCAGAGAUGGCUGUCAGCGAACUGCCCGGUAAUCCGAGCGCCGUUUGGACCACAAAGCUCAAGGCUGACGACGAAUAUCACUCCUACAUUGUUGUAUCGUUCAUCAAUGCUACGCUUGUCCUCUCCAUUGGAGAGACCGUCGAAGAAGUAACAGAUACUGGAUUCCUUGCCACAUCACCCACUAUUGCUGUUGAGCAGCUUGGAGAAGACUCCUUGAUUCAAGUGUAUCCCCAAGGUAUCCGUCACAUUCGCGCCGACCGUCGUGUCAACGAAUGGAGAGCUCCCAGCGAAAAAACCAUUGUACAGGCCGCAGCCAAUCAUCGUCAAGUUGCUAUUGCACUGUCUAGCGGCGAAAUUGUUUACUUUGAGCUAGAUAAUACUGGCCAACUGAAUGAACAUCAGGAUCGUAGAGAGAUGGGUGAAAUUAUCACAAGCUUAGCCAUUGGCGAUGUGCCAGAAGGACGACAAAGAGCACGAUUCUUGGCUGUUGGUUUGGAAGAUUGUACCGUUCGUAUUCUUAGCUUGGAUCCUGACUCAUGUCUCGAGUCCGUUUCAAUGCAAGCUGCCCAAGGUGUCCCUUCUAGUCUUUGCAUUAUUGAAAUGAUGGACACCGGUAACGAAAUUGGUCACGGCACGCAAUAUCUCAACAUUGGUUUGAAUAAUGGAUUGCUGAUGCGAACAGUGUUGGAUAACGUGAACGGUCAGCUUUCUGAUACUCGAACACGUUUCUUGGGUGCAAAGGCUGUGCAACUUUUCAAAAUCAAAAUCCAGGGCAAUCCUGCUAUGCUUGCUCUGUCCACUCGUUCAUGGCUCACAUACACUUUCCAAAACCGCCUCUACCUGACACCCUUAAGUUACGAGCAGUUGGAAUUCGGAACAGCAUUCAUCAGCGAACAAUGUCCGGAAGGUGUGGUGGCUGUUGCAAAGAAUACGCUUAGAAUCUUCACCAUCGACAAAUUGGGAGUGGUGUUUAAUCAGUCCAUCAUACCACUAACAUACACGCCACGCCGCUUCAUAUUACAUCCCGCAACCAAAAACUUUGUUAUCAUAGAAAGCGAUCAUGCGACGUUCUCACCUGAAGCCAAGCGUGAAGGGCUGAUAGAGAAGGAACGGGACGGAUUUGAGAUCGAUGAUGAGGUAACCAACCUCGAUCCGCUACAGUUUGGUCAUGUUCGAAACACUGCUGGAAAAUGGGCAAGUUGUAUUAGAGUGAUCAGCCCAUUCCAAGGAGAUACACUGCAACAAAUUGAGCUGGAAGAGAAUGAAGCAGCAUUCAGCGUAGCUUUGGUGCAAUUCCGCAACAACCCACAUUCCACUGAUUCAAACGAGCAAUUUGUUGUGGUUGGAACUGGCAAGGAUGUCACUCUUGCCCCCAGAACUUGCUCCUCCGGAUUCAUCCACCUUUAUCGAUUUGUGCAAGGCGAAGACGAGCAAAAUCAAACAUUAGAACUCGUUCACAAGACUGCGGUGGAGGAUGUACCUACAGCGCUUUUAGGCUUUCAAGGUCGAUUGCUUGCUGGUGUUGGCAAGGCGUUGCGCAUUUAUGACGUUGGCAAAAAGAAGCUUCUUAGAAAGUGCGAAACAAAGAGUGUUCCCAAUGCUAUCACAUCGCUUCACACACAGGGAGACCGUAUCGUCAUUGGCGAUAUUCAGGAAUCUGUUAUAUUUGCUGUUUACAAACACAUUGACAAUCGCAUCAUUGUGUUUGCUGAUGACACCACUCCACGAUGGACAACCACAUCCACUAUGGUAGAUUAUGACACAGUUGCUGGAGGAGAUAAAUUUGGAAACUUCUUUAUCAACCGAUUACCAACCAACGUCAGUGAAGAGUCAGACGACGACCCUGCAGGUGGUCGACUAUUGUACGAAAAGGGCUACCUUGGUGGUGCCCCACAUAGAUCAGAUAACGUUGCACAUUAUUUUGUCGGUGACAUCUUGAGUUCACUUCAUCGAACCACUCUUGUUUCUGGUGGUCGCGACGUCUUAUUAUACACCACGUUCCUUGGCUCCAUUGGAAUAUUCGUCCCCUUUGUCUCCAAGGAAGAUGUAGAUUUCUUCCAAACAUUAGAGAUGCAUAUGCGCUCCGUGGCUCCUCCGCUAGCCGGACGAGACCAUCUUGCAUAUCGCGGCUACUAUGUACCAGUCCAUAAUGUUAUAGACGGAGAUCUUUGUGAGCAAUAUAACUCAUUGCCAGCGGAAAAGAAGCGAUCUAUUGCUGAAGAGCUAGAUCGCACCGUCAUGGAAGUUCAAAAGAAGAUUGAAGACAUGCGAAUCCGCUCAGGCUACUAAUUAUAUCAUUCACAAACGAAAUAAUAAAUAAAAAGGAACCAAAAAAAAAAAAAAGAGGAAUUGGG